AUGGGAAGCAAAAAGGAAGGAAAAGUCAAAGAAACAAAGGUUAAAGAAACCAAAACAAAGUCAGAGGAGACGAUAUCCGGUGAAGACAACUAUGAAAAGAGAAUGUCUGCAGUCUUACCAUUUGCUAAACCAUUGGCAUCAAAAAAGUUGAACAAAAAAAUAUUGAAGACAGUGAAAAAGGCAUCCAAAGCUAAGCACGUGAAGAGAGGUGUCAAGGAAGUUGUCAAGGCUUUGAGAAAGGGUGAAAAGGGUCUUGUAAUCAUUGCCGGAGACAUAAGUCCAGCUGAUGUCAUAUCCCACAUCCCGGUUUUGUGUGAGGACAACGCAGUAUCGUACGUGUUUAUACCAUCAAAGGAGGAUUUAGGAAGUGCUGGUGCUACAAAGAGGCCCACCUCGUGCGUCAUGAUUGUUCCAGGCGGAGGAAAGAACAAAAAGAACGCAGACAAGGUUGAUGAGUAUAGAGAGGGAUAUGAUGAAGUAGUAAAGGAGAUCAAGGCUUCUGACUAG